AUGGGUUCAGUCGACAUGAUGUACAGGAAGUCGUCGUUGUAUACCUCAUUGAAGUGCAUUACCGACUGUGAUUCCUCGGUGGACAGGUUCAAGAAGGCCUGUAAGGUUACGGCGCUGGUUGAGGAGAUAGGCUCCGUUGACCUCACGCCGACCGAAAGUGUCGUGAUGGCGUAUUUGUUGACCUACUUAUCGGAGAAUAUCAACGCCUUGACGGACGGGUCCUCAGGGGCCAGUUCUGAAGACGGCUCUGAACGUGGAAAAACGCGUUAUAUGGCUGCUGUUGGUGAACAUUUGAGCAUUGACUGGUCGACGUGA